GUUCCGUCUUUCAUUGGUUGAGCUGUAAAUGAGGGUUAGUGAUUGGCUGCAAGGGCAGCUGCGCAGUCUCCGCUAAGGGGUAGCCGUGAACAGGCUGACUUGGAGGCAUAAUGUUCCGUAGGAAGCUGCAGGCUUUAGAUUAUCACAAUCCCGCCGGAUUUAACUUUAAAGAUGAAACAGAGUUUCGAAAUUUUCUUGUUUGGCUAGAAGAUCAAAAAAUUAGACAUUAUAAGAUAGAAGACAGAGGAAAGUUACGAAACAUUCACAGCAGCGAAUGGCCGGCUCAGUAUGAAAAGUAUUUAAAUGAUGUGAAUUGUCCAUUCAAAGUUCAAGAGCGUCAAGAAUCAAUAGACUGGCUCCUGGGCCUUGCUGUGCGCCUUGAGUAUGGUGAUAAUGCUGCUAAAUAUCAGAACGCCAAGCCAUAUAACUCGGAUGUUUCCAAGAGUGCCGAACCACUUAUAAACUUGGAUGUUAACAAUCCUGAUUUCAAAGCUGGAGUAAUAGCUUUGGCAAAUCUUCUGCAAAUCCAGAAGCAUGAUGAUUAUCUUAUGAUGCUUAAAGGAAUUCGAAUCUUAGUACAGGAACGCUUGUCUCAAGAAGCUGUUGCUAAAUCAAACAGCUCAAAAGAGGGCCUUCCAGUUGCAUUGGAUAAGCACAUCCUUGGGUUUGACACAGGAGAUGCUGUUUUAAAUGAUGCUGCCCGAAUCCUGAGAUUACUUCAUAUUGAAGAGCUGCGAGAAUUGCAGACAAAAAUCAACGAAGCUAUAGUAGCAGUUCAGGCAAUUAUUGCUGACCCUAAAACAGAUCACCGACUGGGGAAGGUUGGAAGAUAAGGACUUUAGCCUGUUCUCAUUCUCCUUCCCUUACCAAACCUUUAGCUAGCAUGGAGCCACUAUCUUUUCAUGUAUAGUUUUAGCACAAUGAUAUAAAGCACUCAUCCUGACUGUUAAGGAUAUGCUGCCCUAAAUGUUUCCUUUCAUUUAUUUCUGAUUUGGUAAAAUAGAAAUUCCCAGCACCAACCUCUUCCAAAGUAAAUCAAAAUGGAGUAACCUAUGGCUAAGGUCA